AUGGGGAACUUGCUGUCCUGCAAGACGACCACCGCCGGCGGCGGCGGCCACAUCAUGCUCAAAAAGUACCACUCCGGAAAAAUCGCGUCACCGAGGGUGAUCUUCCCGACCGGAGAAGUGCGGGCCAUCGAGGAGCCGACCAAAGCGGCGGAACUGAUGAUGGAGGCUCCGAACUUCAUGGUGGUCAACGCCGACACUCUCAAGGUCGGGGCCAGGCUGUCCCCUCUGGCGGCCGACCACGGCCUCGAGACCGCCAACCUCUACGUCAUGCUCCCAUUCCACCGCAAGCACUCCCCCGUCACCGCCGCCGAUCUCGCGUCGCUCUUCCUCGCGGCGGCGGAUUCCCUCGUCGUCCUCAGACGCCACGGACUCGGGAAAGUCCGCGAUCUCCCGUCGGCCGAGACUGAUCAUCACGGUCACGAGGCCGAACAGACGGCGUCGUAUCCGAGGCUGUUGGAAGGGCUGGACGACGAAACGGCGUCGUCGGACGCGGCCCAUUUCUUGACCGUGCACAGGUUGUCUAUGUCGAGGUCGAGGAAACCGUUGCUCGAUACCAUCGUCGAGGAGCCGGCCGGCCGUCGUCGUCGCUCGAUUUGUUGA